AUGGCCAGUGUGUUAUUACCUCAAUUGCGUACGGGGUGGCAUGUAGACCAAGCUAUUGUUACCGAAAGUGAACGACUCGUGGUAAUUCGUUUUGGUCGCAAAAAUGAUAGACAAUGUAUGAUCAUGGACGAGCUGCUAUCUUCAAUCGCCGAGAGAGUAAGGAAUUUUGCCGCCAUUUAUUUAUGUGAUAUCGGUGAGGUCCCAGAUUUCGAUGAGAUGUACGAGUUGACGGACCCCAUGACUGUGAUGUUUUUCUACCAGAAUAAACAUAUGAUGUGUGAUUUUGGGACAGGGAAUAACAACAAAUUAAACUUUAUUGUGGACGACAAACAAGAAAUGAUAGACAUUUUGGAAACUAUAUUCAGAGGUGCCAGGAAGAACAAAGGGUUAGUGAUCUCUCCGUAUGAUUACAACCAUAAACGUGCGCCAUGA